AUGGCGUUCCUCUCGCUCUCCCCCUUUUCCUUCUCCCAAGCCUCCACGUCUGUCGCGAGUUCCCCUCUCGGGACUCAUCACGCGUCGGACGUAGGCUCUAGUGCCGCCAGCCCGCGCCUUUCAUCCGCUGACGUGGCAGCAGCCGGUUCUCUCGCCGGUCCUGCGGCUGCCACGUCAGCGUCGUCGGCGUCCCCCAGCCCGCGCUUGCUGGCGCCGCCGGACGGCCUACAGCCGUCCGCGUUAUUCGCUAAGAGCAGGCGCGCCAAAGGCAGCCAUUCUCGCAGCCGUAGCUUAUCCGAGCCUUUUUGGUUCCUCGGCCAAGCCUCAGGUUUGGACCUGAAAAGCCCGAGCCGGUUCAGGUUCGGGCCCAGGGCGUUUUCGGUGAGCGGAGGAGGCGGUGAGGGGGAGGGGGAGGGAGGAACAGUGGGUGCAGGCCGCCCCUCGUCCACCAAGGUGGUAACCCUCCUCCGCGCGCGCAUGUCUUCAUCUCCCCCUCCUCUUCCUCCGCGUCUCCUCGCCCCGCGCCCAGUUCGGCGGCUGCUGACUCAUCCCCUUCCCCUUCCUCCGGACGCCGCUCUUCGCAUUCCGCCCACGCUCUCCCCUCGCCGUCCGCCCACGCCCUCCCCUCGCCCUCCGCCCAUCCUCUCCCCUCACCCUCCGCCCACCCCCUCCCCUCUCCUUCCGCCUACCCACCCCCCUCGCCCGCUGCCCAUCCGCUCCCCUCGCCGUUCGCGCACUCGCGCCCGCCCCGCCCCGCCUCCCCGCUCCAGUCUUCCCCCCACCCUCGCUCCGCGGACUCUAUUCGCCUGCUUGAUUUUGGAAGAACCAGGGGGAGCGAGGCGUGUGGAAGAGAGAGAGACGGCGGAUGGGAGUGCGGACGCGCAGAGGCAGGGCGCGGGCCGGAAGUUCUGGGGCAUAUGGGGGCGGAGGAAAGGAGGAGAAACGGGAGCAAGGGGAGGAGAAGGAGGAGGGGAAGGAGGAAUGGAAGGAGGAAGAGGAGCAAGGGAGGAAGGGAGGCAAGGUUCAGGAGGUUCGGGUUAUUCUCAGACCCUUGGCAGAGCAUUGGCAAAAACGGGCUCUGGCAGAGCAUUAUCAGGAUCGGGCACUGGCAGGGGCAGGUCCCGCGAGGGCAGCUUCAAGGAGUUUCUCAAGGGGCGGUUCAGCCCUCCGAGGGUUGAGUUACUGCCUGAUACUUGUAUGGUGGAUUCGGGUGUGUACGAACCGGGUCUGCUGGAUGGGCGUGGGGGAGUGGGCAGUGGGGAGGAGGACGAGGCUUCGUUGCUGCCGCUGUCGCCAACGGGUAUGCCCGUUGCUGCUCUCUCGCAGCAGCAUCAUUACCAGCAGCAUUAUGCGCAGCAGCAGCAGCAGCAGCAGCAGCAGCAGCGGCAGAAGCAGCAGGAGCAGCAGUCUCGCCAGUCGCGAGACAAUCACUCUCGUGUGGGGUGUGGGAGGGCUGGGAACAGUGGUGAUACCGGCCCUGGCAUCACAGCGUUCUCCCUGCCCUCAACUCCCACAUCCCGGGAAACAACCUCUCUCACAGGAGGAGGCGGAGGGGAAGCAGCAGCAGCAGCAGCAGCAGCAGCUGCAGGAGAAGGAGCGGGGGUAUCGGCUAAGGAGCAAGCGUUUCUCUCGUCCUCCCUGUCGUCGUUACAGACUCGAAAGCCCUGGGGCAUCAUCCCGCACACUUCCUCUGCUGAUGAUGCAGCCGGUGCAGUGGAGGAGGAAGACUCCAUCCCUCCCCUGCCCCACCUCUUGCAUCACCUGCUCCACCACUCAACCAGCAGCCCCUCCUCAGGCACAAGGGGAAAGUGUCCUGAUCAAGAGCCCGGGGGAACUGCUAGCAACGGCUUGGCAGUAGCUGGCCGGGAUGCUACAGCUGCUUCUGCUGCUACAGCCGCCCCAAGUGCUACAACUGCUCGGCUGUCGCUCCCCCUGACCCCCUCACCAGGAGAGAUGGAUAUUUCGGUUGACAGCCCUGCUGCCGGCCUUAGAGUGUCUGCAGGAGCGUCUUCAGCCCAGAGCCCACUAUCUUCCAACUCCCGCCACCGCCGGGCGGCGUCAGAAGCCCGCGAUUUCCUCAGCGAGCUGGGAGCGCGCCGCCCGGCCUUCAUGAACAGUGUCGCGAAGUGCGGCCUGCGGGCGGCACAGCAUGGCAGGAGUGCAUCUGUAGCGGUGCUUUCAGGGGUGGGAGGCAGGGGAAGCGUUGGGAUAGAGGUUGGGGUUUGUGGUGGUGAUGGUGGUGGUGGUGAUGUGGAUAGGAUGGGUGUUGAUUGUGAUAAAGCUGGUUGGGAGAAGUUUCCAAGAAACAGCAGCAGUGGGGGUGGUGGCAGGGGUGAGAAGGGCCAGAGGAGUCGGCUUGGGCGGCAUCGAUCGUCUGCUUCCUUGGAGAUGCCGCACCGGCCGUUCACUGCUGAGAGCUGGCAGCAUGUGGGGGAGGUGGAUCAGGGGCAGAGCCUGUUAAGCAGAGGCAGACGCCGGGGCCAUGCGCGCCCCUCCCCUGCCCGCCCUUCUUCUGCCUCCUCCUCCUCGUCCUCUGCUGCAAGGGCGCAUGAUUCAUGGAAUGCGGCCCCGCUCCCUCUCUCCGCCGUCCCUGCUUCCACCCAUUCCGCCUCUGCUUACCAUGCAUCUGCUCUGCACUAUCGGAAGAAACACGCGCUCUCCCCCCGCUCCGCCUCCCAAGCGCCUGCACCCCAUCACCGAAACCCCCCCAACCCCUUCGCCUCCCGCCCCUCUGCCGCUGCUGCUGCGUCAACCCAUGAAAGCUGGAACAGCUCUGCUCUCCCCCCCGCAUUUGCUAUGAGCCAGCCUUUCAACCCCCCCAACCCCUUCGCCUCCCGCCCCUCUGCCUCUGCCUCUGCUUCAACCCAUGACAGCUGGAACAGCUCUGCUCUUCCCUCCGCAUUUGCCAUGAGCCAACCCUUCCCCCCAUUAGCUCUCCGCUCCCCCCACGCCCUCCCCCACCACACCAACCAAUCCACCUCCCGCCCCUCCGCCUCCCGCCCCUCUGCCUCUCCCUCUGUCGUCUCUGCCGCUGCUUCAACCCAUGAUAGUUGGAACAGCUCUGCUCUGCCACCCGCGUUUGCCAUGAGUCAACCUUUCAACCCCCCCAACCCCUUCGCCUCCCGCCCCUCCGCCUCCCGCCCCUCCGCCUCUUCCUCUGUCUCUGUCGCUGCUUCGACCCAUGACAGCUGGAACAGCUCUGCUCUGCCAUCCGCAUUUGCCAUGAGCCAACCCUUCCCCCUCCGCUCUCCCCACGCCCUCCCCCACCACACCAACCACUUCCCUCUCAGGUCCCCCCGCUUCCCCCUGCCCUCCCCUCGCCGCCCCUCCCCUCCCUCCCGCCCACCUGCUGCUGCGCCCUCUCUCCUCCCCGUUUCCCCCCACAGCCGCUUCUCCACUUCCACCCCUCCAAACCCCCCUUCCCCUCAUUCCCCUCCAUCCCCCACUGCAUAUAACCCAGAAGGCCCAGUCCCUCCUUCACUCUCAUCCCGACCCAGCACUGCCCCUCACUCCUCCCCUCCCGCUGGCACACGCGACCGGCCUGCCCGCCUCCCAGGUCCCCGCCUGAGAAUCCACCUGACAGAACCUGACUCUGAUCUAGGUCCCGACUCACUCUCUCGCCUUACCCCAGGUUCUGCAUCCGCGUCAUUUGCUGCUUCUGGUGCAGGAAGGAGCAGCAGUGGGCGUUGGAACCACCUUCAGAGCCCACGUGUGCUGCCCAGCCUUCCGAGCUUGCUCAGCCCGCACGUAGCAGCAAGCCCACGCAUAGCAGUAAACAGCCCGCGCUUCGAUCGCCUACACGCCCUGCCACAUGCCAAGAAGUCGCCUCUCCCUAGAGACCUCGUCCCCGAUCCCUGGGACUCUCCCGAUCACCCUUCUUCCGUCGACAACCGGGCAGUUUUACCCGUGCAUUCACACAACGUGGGUAAUUACCCCCAGCAAAAUCCAGGGGUACUUCCCUGGGAAGGGGAUGGUGGGUAUUCAGCUGCUGGUUCAGCUUCCGAGGAGCAGCACUCGCAGUGGGAGUAUAGCAGACAAGAUGAACGCCCCCAGACAGCUCCGGACCGGAGCCUGCUUCACCGAGGCAGCCGCAACAGGUUCGGGGAGAGGCUCGGGGAGAGCGCUAGGUUUGGUGGGGAGAGGCUGAGGGACUUGGAGGAGCAGGAGGAGUGGGGGGAGGACUGUGUGGAGGAGCAUGGGGAGAGGCUCGGGGAGAGGUUCGGGGAGAUGCUGGGGGAGAGGUAUGGGGGUAGGCUCGUAGGACAUGACAAGUAUCAUAGGAGGGGAUACAAUGGCAGAUGGGCGAGCACAGGGUCCUUCCAGGAAAGGGGGGGUGCGGGGCUGCAUGGAAGGGAGGCAGGGGGGAUGGGAGGGUAUGGUGGAGAUGAAAGGAGAAGAAGCAGUGGGGUGAGUGGUGGUGGUGGUAUUGGUAAUGGUGGAAGCAACGCGGGAGAUUCCGAUGGGGAGGAGUGGUCAGAUGAAGAUGAUGCCAGAGCAGCCGGGGGUGGCACAGAGAGGGGAGCGGCUGGAAGAGGAGCAGCAGGAGGGGGAGGUGGAGGGGGAUUUCAAGCAGAGGGCGGGCUGAGAGGCACAGGGCUGGCAGGGAGGUAUACGGCAGCAGCAGGCAGUGGCACGUCGCUCCUGAGGCGGCACAGUACCUCCAACCGCCGCCGCCCGGCCAUGCGCUCACUGGACGAGCACGAGGAGGAGGGCGGGACGGAGGUGGUGAGUAUACACAGGAGAUAUAAUGAGGAUGAGGAUGAUGAUGGUGGUGGUGAUGGUGAUGGUGGCAGACGGAAUGACAGAAGGGAUGAGCUGGCGCCGCUUCCCCCCUGGAAAGAAGGACUCAGGGGGGAGCUAGGCUCCGCUGGUCAGGGGCUUGUGUCUGGCAUGGGGCUGGGGCGGCCGAUGGUUUCCCGGUGGGCCGGGGCAGGAGGGGGCGGAGGGAGAGAGCGCGGGAGCAGGGGAGGGAGGGAUGGGGAGUGGCAGGACAUGCCAGGCGUGUCUAUGUCUUGUGGGAGUGGGGCGGUUUGGACGGGAAGUGGCUUCAGUGGUGCACGCAGCGCUGCUUUUGAUGCCGCCCCUGCAUGGGCACCUGGAGGGGCACUUGGAGGGGCUGUUAGAGGCUCAGGUGUGUCUAGUGCACAAGUCAGGCAGAGGCCAGGUUCGGCAUCAAGUGUGAGGGGAAUGAGUGAGAGGGUGGAAGAGGGCAUUGUGGAGAGUCUGGAGAGUCGGGAGAAGGAGGAGAGUGAUGAUGGAGGUGGUAGUGUGGUGGAGUUUGAGGAUGAGAGUGAGGAAGAAGAGGAGAGUGAGGGGGAGGAGGAUGAGGAGGAAGAGGAGGAUGAGUCAGACGACGGAGAGGAGGACGAGGAGGAUGAAGAGGAUGAGUAA